AUGUCGUCAAAGCCUUCCGGAAAGACCCAGCGUUCCGCUAUUGCGGACGUUGUUGCCCGCGAGUACACCAUCCACAUGCACAAGAGAGUGCACGGUGUUUCCUUCAAGAAGAGGGCUCCCCGCGCCAUCAAGGAGAUCAAGGCUUUCGCCGAGCAGGCCAUGGGUACCUCCGACGUCCGUCUGGACCCUGAGCUCAACAAGAAGGUCUGGGAGCAGGGUGUUAAGGGUGUUCCCUACAGGCUGCGCGUGCGAAUUUCCCGACGACGAAAUGACGAGGAGGGCGCCAAGGAGAAGCUGUACAGCUACGUUCAGGCCGUCAACGUCAAGAACCCCAAGGGACUCCACACUGUCGUUGUUGAGGAAUAA